CAUGGGUGUUGCUAGACGCAGCUGGGACUCUGCCAGGCUCCAGUGCUCAGUCUAAGACAAAGGCCGCCCCUCAGCCCUGCUCUUCCUGCCUGUCAUGGCCACAUUCGGAUGCUGCCUGCUUGUCUGGGGACACAGGGCACGAAGCCCCAGCCCUAAGAGGUUAAGCCAGGCCUUCUGGCUCCAUUCCACGGGGGCACUGCAGGCCCCAGGCUCCUUUCAGAGCCAGAGCAACUGAUGCCAUGGCAGAAACCCCUGCCCACCUGUCUCCUUGCCUGGCACUGCCCACUCCGAGACCUGUGCCCUUCUGGGUCCUCCCGCGGGGGCCAACCCUGUGAGUCCCUCCCCAUCCCUCUGACGCUGAGAAGGUCCUGUCCACCCCUACCAUGUGUGAGGUGAUGCCCACAAUCAACGAGGGGGACCCUUUGGGGCCCCCCCAUGGCGCCGAUGCGGAUGCCAACUUUGAGCAGCUGAUGGUGAACAUGCUGGAUGAGCGGGAGAAGUUGCUGGAAUCCCUUCGAGAGAGUCAGGAAACCUUGGCAGCCACGCAGAGCCGGCUCCAGGAUGCCCUGCACGAGCGGGAUCAGCUCCAGCGCCACCUUAACUCUGCCCUCCCCCAGGAAUUUGCCACCUUAACCCGGGAGCUGAGCAUGUGUCGGGAACAGCUUCUAGAGCGGGAGGAAGAGAUAUCAGAGCUGAAAGCAGAACGGAAUAACACGAGGUUGCUUCUGGAACAUCUGGAGUGCCUGGUGUCUCGCCACGAGCGGUCACUGCGGAUGACUGUGGUGAAGCGCCAGGCCCAGUCGCCUUCGGGGGUCUCUAGCGAGGUGGAGGUGCUAAAGGCCCUCAAGUCGCUGUUUGAGCACCACAAAGCCCUGGAUGAGAAGGUGCGAGAGCGGCUCCGGGCGGCACUGGAAAGAGUUACCACCUUGGAGGAGCAGCUGGCUGGAGCUCACCAGCAGGUGUCUGCCCUGCAGCAGGGGGCAGGGGUUCGGGAUGGAGUGGCACAAGAGGAGGGGACUGUGGAGUUGGGACCAAAACGCCUGUGGAAGGAUGACAUGGGCCGGGUGGAGGAGCUGCAGGAGCUCCUGGAGAAGCAAAAUUUUGAGUUGAGCCAGGCUCGGGAGAGACUGGUCACCCUGACGGCAGCUGUGGCCGAACUUGAGGAGGACCUGGGCACAGCCCGUCGAGACCUCAUCAAGUCGGAGGAGAUGAGCAACAAGCAUCAGCGGGACCUCCGGGAGGCUCUAGCCCAGAAGGAAGACAUGGAGGAGCGAAUUACCACGCUGGAGAAGCGCUACCUGGCUGCUCAGCGUGAGGCCACGUCCAUCCAUGACCUUAAUGACAAGUUGGAGAAUGAACUGGCCAACAAGGAGUCCCUGCACCGCCAGUGUGAAGAGAAGGCCCGGCAUCUACAGGAGCUGCUGGAGGUGGCAGAGCAGAAGCUGCAGCAGACGAUGCGCAAGGCAGAGACUCUGCCAGAGGUGGAGGCUGAGCUGGCCCAGAGGAUUGCAGCUCUCACCAAGGCUGAGGAGCGGCACGGCAACAUUGAGGAGCACCUGCGGCAGCUGGAAGGGCAGCUAGAGGAGAAGAACCAGGAGCUGGCAAGGGUGCGCCAGCGGGAGAAGAUGAAUGAAGACCACAACAAGAGGCUGUCAGACACAGUGGACCGGUUGCUUAGCGAGUCCAACGAGCGCCUGCAGCUCCACCUCAAGGAGCGCAUGGCCGCCCUGGAGGAGAAGAACACGCUGAUCCAGGAGUUGGAGAGCUCCCAGCGCCAGAUUGAGGAGCAGCACCAUCACAAGGGCCGCCUGUCUGAAGAGAUUGAGAAGCUGCGCCAAGAGGUGGACCAGCUGAAGGGUCGAGGGGGGCCGUUUGUGGAUGGCAUCCACUCCAGGUCUCACGUGGGCAGUGCGGCAGACCUGCAGUUCUCCCUGAGCGCAACCACCCACGCACCCCACGCACCCCCAGGCCUGCACCGACUCUACUCCGCACUGAGGGACGAGUCUUCCAAGGACUGGGAGCCAUCACCACUGCCUGGGAUGCUGGCCCCCACAGCCACCUCUGCCUUUGACAGCGACCCCGAGAUCUCUGAUGUGGAUGAGGAGGAACGAGGGGGGUUGGUGGGUGCUGUGGACAUUGCCUCCCCUGGCGGCCAUUCGGAUGCCCAAACCCUGGCCAUGAUGCUGCAGGAGCAACUGGACGCCAUCAACGAGGAGAUCAGGAUGAUCCAGGAAGAGAAGGAGUCCACGGAGCUGCGCGCAGAGGAAAUCGAGACACGCGUGACCAGCGGCAGCAUGGAGGCGCUAAACCUGACCCAGCUGCGCAAGCGUGGUUCCAUUCCCACCUCCCUGACGGCCCUGUCCCUGGCCAGUGCAUCCCCACCACUCAGCGGCCGCUCCACACCAAAGCUCACUUCCCGCAGCGCCGCCCAGGACCUGGAUCGCAUGGGGGUCAUGACCCUGCCCAGUGACUUAAGAAAGCAUAGGAGGAAGCUGCUGUCGCCAGUGUCUCGGGAAGAGAACCGAGAGGAUAAAGCCACCAUAAAAUGUGAGACUUCUCCUCCUUCCUCACCCAGGACGCUGCGGCUAGAGAAGCUUGGCCACCCAGCCCUGAGCCAGGAAGAAGGCAAGAGUGCCUUGGAGGAUCAAGGCAGCAACCCCAGCAGCAGCAACAGCAGCCAGGACUCCUUGCACAAAGGCGCCAAGCGCAAGGGCAUCAAGUCAUCCAUUGGCCGCCUGUUUGGGAAGAAGGAGAAAGGGAGGCUGAUCCAGCUGAGUCGGGAUGGAGCCACAGGCCAUGUUCUGUUGACAGACUCCGAGCUUAGUCUUCAGGAACCCCUGGUCCCUGCCAAGCUGGGGACCCAGGCAGAAAAGGACCGACGGCUAAAGAAGAAACACCAGCUGCUUGAAGAUGCCCGCAGGAAAGGCAUGCCCUUUGCCCAGUGGGAUGGCCCCACCGUGGUCUCCUGGCUGGAGCUCUGGGUCGGAAUGCCUGCUUGGUAUGUGGCAGCCUGCCGGGCCAAUGUCAAGAGUGGUGCCAUCAUGUCUGCCCUGUCGGACACAGAGAUCCAGCGGGAGAUCGGCAUCAGCAAUGCUCUGCACCGGCUCAAGCUACGGCUGGCCAUCCAGGAGAUGGUGUCACUGACCAGCCCCUCUGCCCCGCCCACCUCCAGGACUUCUUCAGGGAAUGUCUGGGUCACCCAUGAAGAGAUGGAAACUCUGGCAACUUCCACCAAAACAACCCUGGCUUAUGGCGACAUGAACCACGAGUGGAUUGGGAAUGAAUGGCUGCCCAGCCUUGGGCUUCCCCAGUACCGCAGCUAUUUCAUGGAGUGCUUGGUGGAUGCGCGCAUGCUGGAUCACCUCACCAAGAAGGACCUGCGGGUCCACCUGAAGAUGGUGGACAGCUUCCACCGAACCAGCCUUCAGUAUGGCAUCAUGUGUCUGAAGAGGCUAAAUUAUGACCGGAAGGAGUUGGAGAAGAGGCGGGAGGAGAGUCAGCACGAGAUCAAGGACGUGCUGGUCUGGACCAACGACCAGGUUGUUCAUUGGGUCCAGUCUAUCGGGCUUCGGGAUUAUGCGGGAAACCUGCAUGAGAGUGGUGUUCAUGGCGCCUUGCUGGCCCUGGAUGAGAACUUUGACCACAACACACUGGCCUUGGUCCUCCAGAUUCCCACGCAGAACACCCAGGCCCGCCAGGUGAUGGAAAGAGAGUUCAAUAACCUUUUGGCCUUGGGCACAGACCGGAAGCUGGAUGACGGGGAAGACAAAGUGUUCCGCCGCGCCCCGUCUUGGAGGAAACGCUUCCGGCCGCGGGACCACCACAGCGGGGGCAUGCUGGGCACCUCCGCCGAGACCCUCCCGGCGGGCUUCCGCGUGUCCACGCUGGGUCCCCUGCAGCCCCCGCCCGCCCCGCCCAAGAAGAUCCUGCCCGAAGCUCGCUCCCACUAUCUCUACGGACACAUGCUCUCCGCCUUCCGGGACUAGCCACAGCCCGGGCUGCCUGGCAUCCUCCCCCGGAUUCCCAGGCUCUGCCCGCCCCGGCCCCUCCUGCUCGCUCCCCUUCUUCCACGCCGCCCGUGACUCGUCCUUCUGUGACUGUCCAGACGUUCUGGAUCUCAGAAUUAUCAUCCACCCCCGCCCCAGGCAUCCCACUACCCCUAGUCCCACCGCGUGUCCUUUCUACUCUCUUGUGGAUGUGGCCUGGGUCUCCUCGUGUCCUGGAGGUGCCCGGGUCACCUGUGCUCGGUGCUUGGGAUUCUGUGGGAUGGAGCUCCCUCCUCUGGACCUAGCCUGGUCUGGACUGUGCCCUCCACCAGGACCAGCACCCACCCUGGGCCAAGGCCCGAGCUGGCCCCUCCAACAAGGGGGCACCUCAGACUGGCUUGCCCUCCUGUUCUGCCUCCAGGUCCCCGUCCACGCUGGCUGUGCCCCACAGUCUCACAGUUGGUUUGGGAUCUCCAGCAUCAUAUCGCCCCCUCUCCCAACCCAUCACAACUUGAAGCUCCUGCUUCUAGGAUGUGCUCGGGCAUUAGGAUGGCUGCACAAGACCCCGUUGUCCGCUGUUCCACCAGGAUGGUGAGACCCAGAAGGAGGACUGGGGGUGGGGGGACACACUGAGGGAGAACCUCUGGGGCCUGGCUUGAGCCAAAUCCCAGACAGGAACCUCCCAGCCCUCUAUCUGAUGAGAGGGGUAGCCAGGAAAGCUAGGGGGAGAACUGACGGACUCUGGUAGCCAUAAGCCCAAAGGACACUGGGAAUUUUAGCGCAAGCCCCAAGGACACAGAGUGAUCCUGCCAGGGAAGAGCAGUGGGACUUGCACUGCUGACCAGCCCAGCCCCCUUCCCUUUGCUGUCCUUCUGUGCCUCCCUUCUUCCGUGGUCCCAGCCCUCUGAGGACCAGCCUGAUGGGUAGGCUGAAUACACACUGACCCUGCAAUCAGGUUUGGGGAAAAGGCAGUACGGAACUUCCUUCCUCCAACUGUCCAGGAAGAACAUGGCUUCCCUUUCAGUGAGUCACACUGGGGAAAUUCUGUGUUGGUGAAGGCUGUCACUCGUGGUGCCUGUCCCCAAAUCAUCCAGUCCUCCUUCAGGGUUCUUUAGAUGUGCCUGGACUGUUUCUCCCAGAGAUUCCAUCAUUGUAGUGCUUUCCCUAGCAGGAGGGAACUGGGACAGAGGGGAUUUGGGUCCUGGUUUGGGAGGAAUUUUAUUGCUAAGAAAUCUCUCUUCAUCACCCAUUGUGCCUGAAAGUGUUGGGGCCAUCAAUUCAGGGUGAGUUGAUGGGACUAGGGCUUCACCUAGGCGAGAGGAGAGGGACAACACCUGGGUUAUGUAUGCUGGAGAGGGGCUGUGUAGCGCCAUCUUACAGGUGGCUAGAGCAGCGGGCUGCCCCCUCAACUACUUGGUUUAGAGCAGAGUGAGGCACACAGGUGGGAUAAUGGACCUGGCCUGAAGGAGUGAUGGAGUGUGGGGCAGGGCCAGGGCUUAGGCCUUCGUGCUGCUUCUCAGUAGAGCAGAGCUUGACUCGUGGGCUGGCACCUGGGCUGGGCAGGCAGCCACCUGUCCUGGUUCUCCCUCAUUGUUUCUGCCCUGCUGGGAAUGGGGAAGGAGGAGUUACUGCUCAGAGGAGGAAUUAGAAGACUACACAACCCCUCGCCCCCACUUCUAGGUAAUGGGUUCCGUAGUUAUGGAGAUAGCCCAGAGCCUUAAGAUUGAUGGCGUCGAGCACCGCACUCCUUCAGGAGUCUUGUCUCUUCAGGGUCUGUGUGGGAGAGUCAGCCCUUCCGUCUGUCCUCACAGUGUCACCUUGUCGUGGUUGGUCUCGUCCAUUAGGCAGCCGCUGGGGGAGCAGGUACAUUCAGGGCCCUUGAGAAGGAUUGCAGGAGGUGACGGAGAAGGGGAGUCUGCCCAGGGAUGGAAGGCAGUUGUCUUGGUAUACCCCUUGCCUCAUAGCCGAUCUGUUUUUUCCUUUGGAGAGUUACCAGUGACCCAAGUCCUCGUUGUCAGCCUUCUGUGUCUCACCAGGUCCCUUCUCAGUACUGUAUUGGCUCAGUGCACCAGGAGUGGAUGUAUGAGUGUAUGUGGGUGUGAGUGUGGGUGUGUGUGUACCAAUAAACAAUCUGGUUUUAAGAC